CAGAAUUUUCAUCUCGUCUAUUUUAAUCUUCUUUAUUACUUGGAGAUUCACGAGAUUGUUUGUUGCUGCAUUCUAUUCGGGGAGAUUACAAGAGUUUGAUAGAAUCAAAUCCUAGGAAUCUAAGAAGCUAAUCAAAGCAAAAGUUUAGAGAGAGCCACAGAAAAAGUAAAAAGACUCCCUAAAACAAGUUAAGGUCUAGCCUAAGUCUCUCUAAAGACAAAGCUAAAGCUUGACAAUAAGCUGUUUAUGGAUCUAUAGGCUCUCUGAUCGAUAUAUUGUCUUGAAGCCAGCUCAUAGCAUCAUUCGGAGUAUCCGAGAUUUUAUUUUAUAGAUCAUGUUUGAUGACUAGCCGAAAAAACACGCAUUGGUGUAAUACUUGUAGACGAGGAAUCCGUCUUCAAGGAGAAGACCUAAGAAGAGGAGGAGCUUGCAUUCACUGCGGUAACACCUUUCUCGAAAGGCUCUGUGAGAAUGUUGAUCUAAACCCGUUUGAUUUAUUCGGUUUAGCCAUUCAAGAAUCUCGUAACCGUCGCGACAACAGAAGAAGAUCGGUUCUUGAAAACCAAUUGAGUUUUCAAGAGUUGUUUAACCGGCUCUCAGCACAAGACCGCCGUGGUCCACCUCCAGCCUCACUAACCGUGAUCAACUCAAUGCCAAAGAUCAAGAUCAGGAAGAAGCAUCUCGGUUUGGAUUCGUGUUGCCCGGUUUGCCAAGACCGGUUUGAAGUCGGGUCGUUUGCAAGAAAGAUGCCGUGUAAACAUAUCUAUCAUUCUGAAUGUAUAGUCCCGUGGCUAGUCCAGCAUAAUUCUUGUCCAGUGUGUCGCAAAGAGCUGCCAGAAGACGGCAAUAAUGGUCGAAAAAAUCCCUUCUUGUAUCUGUGGCCGUUUACAUCCUCUGGUGCGGCCUCAAACUAUAAUGGACCACCUUUUCAUUGAGAUGCUUGUGUAACAAAUCACAAUCCAUGAUAUAUUGUUUAAUUAGUGAUUUUUAAAAAUUAUAUCGAUGUACAAAGGGUUUUGUAGCUCAGUACGAUUUGUUGCUAUAUGUAAUGCAUAAAUAUUAAGUAAUUUGUAUCGAAAA